AUGGUGACCCAGGCGAAACCCAGACAGACAGACAUCCGUCGUGUGGAUGGAUCCCUUACGGAUGACAAUCAGGCUGCAGCUAACACCUUGGCUGAGUACUACUCCACGGAAGCUCGACCAAUGGUAGACCGGGUGAACAUGGUAUCCGAGUUGGCACAUAUGAUAUGUCGAUACUCACAUGUUGAGGAUGGUCUGCGCGAUCAUGAACGAAUCUGUCCGCGAUAUCGAUUCCGGUUCGAAACAUUUCGGAUUCCGAUUAUGUCAAUUACCAGUCGCUCAUACGGUUGUUCGGUCUGUACUGUUGUCAUUGGUGCUUUGCUGGACGUCCUUGGCGGUUUCAUCUGUAAACGCAACUGUUUAGAGCCGCAGAAGUUUACCAUGACUCGUACCUGA